UGACAUGGAAUGAGAAUGUGUUUUUCUUCCUGUGUAAUACACCUCCCCCUCCCCUUUACGUCAAUUUUUUUGGCACAAACACAUUGCCUCAAUUCAGGCAGGAGAAUAACAACGGGCACUGCAAUCCUCUCCAGGAUGCCUUGGAUUUCUCAAGCUUUUUAUUACAUUGCAUUGUUUUCCUCAGUACAUAGUGAAUGUGUUUCUCGGAUCUAUGAAAAUACAGUUUUCAGUGGAGGAGCUAUUUCUAAGGUUUAUACACCAGAUUUUGAGCACUGUCGGAUUGUAUGCACAUAUCAUCCACGAUGUCUUUUUUUCACCUAUCUUCCAGGAAGCUGGGUAGAACCUUCUCUAAGGUUUGCCUGCUUUUUGAGAGAUAGUGACACUCUUACGUUGCCAAAGGAAUCUAUGGAAGGUGCAAUCUCUGGACAUUCCCGGAAACAGUGCUCUCGAGUCACUGCUUGCAAUAAGGAUAUUUAUGAAGGACUGAACAUGGUGGGAGACAGUUACAAUGCAACAACUGCUGACAGUUUUGAACAGUGCCAAAAACGAUGCACCAAAGAGGCCCACUGUUACUUUUUCACAUAUGCCACGGCAUCAUUUCAUCAAGCAGACCUACGUCAUCAAUGCUACUUGAAAUAUAGUAGCACAGGAACGCCAACCCAGAUAAAGCAGCUUGAAGGUGUUAUAUCUGGAUUUUCAUUAAAACCCUGUCAACGAUUUGAUCAAGAUUGUCGGCGGGAGAUUUUUCAGCAACAAGCAUUUUCUGGAGUUACCCUUGCAAAGGUUUUGACACCGGAUGUCUUUGUAUGUAGAAUGACUUGUACUUACCAUCCAAACUGUUUGUUUUUUACGUUCUACAACCAUGAAUGGCGUGUGAGCAGUGAAAGGUAUACUUGUGUAAUGAUGACAUCAAGAAGUGGAACACCAGAUGUAUUUGAAGGAGUGGAAAAUACUCAGUCAGGUUACAGUCUCCAAAGCUGUAAAAUGGCUACACCAGCUUGUCAUUCCCCUACUUUUUCUGAUUUAAAUUUUCUGGGAACGGAAUUGAGUGAGGAAUAUGUCAACGGACACCAGGCAUGUCAACAGCUUUGUACAGACACCAUCCGCUGCCAGUUUUUUACUUACAAUUCUGACAAAGCUCUGUGCAACCAAGAAGGGAAAUGUAAAUGCUAUUUAAAAAUGUCCACCAAUGGGUCUCCUUACAGUAUUAUGCCUGCGAAUGGAAAGGUUUCUGGUUAUACUUUAAGACUGUGUCAAACUAAAAUCACUCCAGUAUGUGUACUGGAAUCUGGUGCAACUGGAAGAAUUGUUGGAGGAGAAAAUGCUUCUUUAGCUGAAUGGCCUUGGCAAGUCAGUUUACACGUGAAGCUAUCUACUCAAAGUCAUAUUUGUGGUGGUUCCAUUAUCAGUGACCGAUGGAUUUUGACAGCUGCCCAUUGCACAGAGGACCUUCAAGUUCCUGAAAUUUGGCGUAUUUAUGCUGGCAUUUUGAGACAAUCAGAAAUAAAACAAGAUACUUCUGUUUUCAAAGUCCAAGAAAUUAUAGUUCAUUCUAAGUAUAGGAUUUCAGAAGCGGGAUAUGACAUUGCAUUACUGAAACUUGACCGACCUAUGAACUUCAGUGUCUUACAGCAACCUCUGUGCUUGCCGACUGAAGAAAUGAACACAAAGUACACCGAGUGCUGGGUGACUGGAUGGGGUUACACAAAAGAGAGAGGUCAAGUACAUGACAUACUACAAAAACUCAAGAUCCCCCUAAUAUCAAAUCAAGAAUGCCAGACGCGAUAUCAAAAUCAUAGAAUAACUCACAAGAUGCUGUGUGCUGGUUACACAGAAGGUGGAAAGGAUGCUUGUAAGGGAGACUCGGGUGGUCCUCUGUCGUGUAAAUACCAGAACAAGUGGUAUUUGGCUGGCAUUACAAGCUGGGGUGAGGGGUGUGCUCGCCCAGGACAACCAGGCGUUUACACAAACGUGGCAGAGUAUAAUGACUGGAUUCUAGAAAAAACCUCAUAAUUCUUAGUGAUGUUCUGUGACAAGGAAUGGACUGACCAUGGUAAAUUUCAUCUCAAUGUCAGUUUCAAACUUGUUCAUUCCUCAACCCAUUCUGUCUCAUUUUCUACAUUAAAUCUGCCAUUUUAAAAAAUGAAAA